AGUGGCAUGUCGCAUAUAAUUUAAGCUUUGAGUAUAUUUCUGUAGACAUUUUAGAAGGUGUACCUUAGAAAAUGACUCACACAAUCUUGAUUUGUUAUGUUAUUUAUUUUGUAUUGACGACUGGCAGGGGAUACGCACAGGAAUCUAGUGAUGAAGAAGAAAAUGAUGAUGUUUGCGUCACACCUGGUUGUGUGGUGGCAGCUGCCCGUAUCAUAAGUGCAAUUGAUAGAAAUGUUAACCCCUGUGACGAUUUUUACAACUUUGCUUGUGGAGCAUGGAUUAAGGAACAUGUGAUUCCAGAAGAUAAGAGUUCGUUUAAUGUAUUUGCUGAAGUCAGGGACGAUGUAGAUGUCACGGUCAUUGGUAAGCCGAACAAAUUUACUUAAAACAAAUGGUUGGGCCUAUUAUAAAUUUACCGGUUCAUCCUUGAAGCAGUAAGGCACGAUCUUAAUAUCAGUUGAAUUGCAUGAAGGAAACUUUAGUAAGAGUAUAUGAUCUACACGGGCCUUAUUAUGAUGCUUAUAUUCUUUGGAAUCGAGUACGUAGCAUCAUACACCGUGAUUUCAAAACAAGAAACAUGUUUAUCUCAUUGAAAAUAAUCAUAGAAAUAAUUCAUAAUUUAAAAUAUUCACAUAAAAGCAUCAGAUUAUAAUUAUGUUACAUUGUUUAUUUGCAUUUUAUCUGCAGAGAGGAAGACAAAAUAUUGCUUAAUUCUUGUUCAUUUCUGCUCGUAAUAUCGCCUUAUUUGACCUUGUUAAAGUAAGAUUAAAAAAAAAAACAACAACAACAACAUCAUAUUAGAUUUUCACAAUCAUGCAGCUAUCUAAUAGGAUUUUGAAAUAAACGUUCACGAUUACCAUUUAAACUUGAGUGAAAACAUAUAUACCAUACAAUAAUUGAAAAUUUAUACCAUGUCUUAUUUAAUGGAAUAAUGUAUCUACCAUUCUAGUGACAAGAAAGUUAUUUUAAAAGAAUAGCAAUGAUUCAAGUUUUAUGAGAAAAGACUCCUAAUUCCCUUGAUUUCGAGGAUAAAGUAUGUGAAUCAGUUUUCCUAAAUAUGGUGCCAUCAUGUGCGACCAUAUAUGAACAAAAUAUUGAUUUAAGUUAUCUAUAUAUUAACUGACAUAUUGUAUAACACUUCCAACGUUUGAACUCAAUGGAUCCUAUUUGAGCAGAUUUGCUAAGACAAGGCCGACACUAUGAUUAAUUUCUUUUGUGUGUUAGAAGCCUGUUCUUUUACAGUUAAGCCAGUGUAACUGAAGAGUUCAUGCAUAGUCAAAAUGACAUUGUGAAAGAGUUUGAGCCAGCAUCUGCUCCAAAUUCUCUUUUUCUGUAUAAAAACUAGUCUGACAUUAGCUUUAGAUACGAUAAUUACUGAUGAAUCGAGAACAGUACCAAAAUAUUCAAUAGUGUUUCUCAAGACUCGUUGUUUAACUUCGUACAAAAAUGAAACAAAAAUACUUAAUUGGAUAAAUUAUGAUGUUUAACCAAUUCAUUGUACUUAAAAUGACGACAUAAUUUAUUCGAGCACCAGCGUAUUCAAAGGUUAUUGUCAUUUGAUAAAAUGAACUUUUUUAUGAUAUUUAUGUCUGUUAUCUGAAUUAUACAUAUUAUAACCUUGUUACAAGCUUCUAACAAAGCCACUGAUCCAGAAGUAGUCAGGAAGGCAAGAAACCAUUACAAAGCUUGCAUGGAUAAAGAUAAAGCCGAAGCACUAACACUAAGGACUAUCCAUCAGUAUACAGAAGCAUUUGGAGGUUGGCCUGUGCUUGGUUCAAAUGAUGGUGGAAAAUGGGAUCCUAACCGGUACAAUCUUGAAAAUUUGCUAGUUCAUUCAAAGCAGCGGGGGACGAGCAUGCCACUAAUCGAAGUUGGAGUCGUCAACGAUAUUUUAAAUCCAACGAAAUAUAUACUUUAUAUCGACCAAGCUUCACUUGGAAUGCCUAGUCGAGAGUACUACCUCAAAGAUCGAUAUGACAAAAUUCUUAUGGCGUACCAGACACUGCUUGAAGAAAGCUAUGUUGCCUUCGGUGCUGAUCCGACUACUGCUGAAAAUGAUGCAAAAGAUGUUGUUGACAUGGAAAUAGAAGUUGCUAAUAUAACACUGCCAAGUGAAUUAAGAAGAGAUGUUACGAAAUGGAAAAACAAAAAGACCAUUGGAGAGCUUGGUGAUAAAUUUCCAGGGGUUGACUGGAAAAAACUAAUAACAGGCACGAUGAAAAUUAUUGGGAUGUCAAUAAAUGAUUCUGAGCCGGUUGUAGCCGUAUCACCAUCCUUUCUCCAGAAAAUUGGUAAUGUCAUCAGCAAAUACCCGUCUAGGGUGAUCGCUAACUACAUUAUUGGGAGUGUGGUAAUGGAUGGCAAAGUAAUAUUUUACCUUCCUCAAAUAUUUAAAGAUAUACAGCAUAGAUAUCAGCAGGUUUUAAGUGGAACUACACAAGAGUCAGCCAGGUGGCAGAAAUGUUCCAACAAUGUAAAGCUCGUGUUUCCAGAGGCUGUCGGACGACUAUUUGUUGAAGAAAAAUUUAGAACAGGUGCCAAAGAAAAUGUUCUUGAAUUAGUUGACAACCUGAAGAAAGCCUUCAAAGGAAUGGUAGAUGAAUUAACUUGGAUGGAAGACAGCACAAAACAACUUGCAAAGGAGAAGGCAGAUGUUAUGGAGGCAAUGAUUGGUUACCCAGAUCUAUUAUUCAAUGAUAGUGCUCUUCAUUCCAAAUAUGAAAACGUGACGGUAUACAUUGAUGAUCCAUUGAGAACUAUUAUCAAUGCAGGCGAAGCUGCAGUGAUUCGUGGACUUCAGAAACUACGAAAAGUCGUUGACAAAACCGAGUGGAUGUCAUCCGCUGCUGAUGUGAACGCCUUCAACCUAAUUUUCAGGAAUCAGAUCCUGUUUCCUGCAGCAAUACUUCAGCCACCUUAUUAUUCAUAUGAGCAGCCUGAGUAUCUGAAUUAUGGUGGUAUAGGAUAUGUGAUUGGACAUGAGAUCUGUCAUGGCUUUGAUGAUCAAGGUCGAAAUUUUAACAAGUAUGCUGGAAUGAUAAACUGGUGGUCUGACAAUGAUUCGGCUAAGUACAAAGAUCGGGCACAGUGUAUCAUUGACCAGUAUGAUAACUUUACAGUACCAGGUACGGACGGAACGAAGUUAAAUGGUAGACUAACAAUAGGAGAAAAUAUUGCAGAUAAUGGUGGAAUCAAAGAAAGUUUCAAGGCGUAUCGCGAAUGGUUGAAGACAAACCGACAUGGCAAAGAAGAGCAAAAACUACCCGGGCUGAACUAUACACCUAAUCAGUUGUUGUACCUAAAUGCCGCACAGGUAUGGUGUGAUGAAACAAGAAAAGAAGAAAAACUCAAGAGAAUAUACACAGACUCUCAUAGCUAUCAAAUGUUUAGAGUGAUUGGUCCACUACAAAAUUCGGAAGAAUUUUCGAUAGCUUGGAAUUGCCCAGCAGGUUCCUACAAGAAUCCACCAAACAAGUGCACAGUGUGGUAGACGUAGAAGACAACAGAACGGAUGACGACCAUGUUUAUAAUGUUUAUACAACAUCUGCAUUGACUUGUUAUUGAAUAGAUUUUGCACUUAAUAUAAUGUGUUUAAUUAUUACUUUCGUAUUACAUUAGAUUCAAAUAUGGAUUUAACAAAUAUUAAAGGGACUGGACUCAAGAUUUUGGUUGAAAAUGAUCUUUUUUUAAAAUUGAGAUUUGGCCAUAUGAUGAACAUUAGAACAUGAGUUUUUGAUUUUAAAUUAUCUAUAAAAAUAGAAAUUUCAAAAGUAAAAGCAGUUUGCUUAUGGUGCUUGAUAUGACUUUCUAGAACAUGUGAAUUUAAUGGUCAAGGAAGGAAAGGAUUUGACAUCUGUGGGUGGAAUGAA